UCCUCAUUGCAGAAGCUCUGGUCGUUAAACAAAGCUCUGAAUUUGUGUCCACUAAGUUAUUAUUUUGACUCGGCAGGAUGUCUUUCCCUUCUUCAUUUGGUUCGCAGGUCGCAGCCAUCAUGGAUGUGUUAGCGAAAGCUGCGGUCGCCGAAAUAACGAAGCUGAUGGAGGACGGGACCGUGGUUCUGCGCCUGGAGAUGUGUCGGAAGGACAGUGAGAUCGAGGAGCUCAAAAGAAGUUUAAACCUGAUGGAGGUUGAACUCUGCAAAGCUCAAGAAGCAGCCAUGACACGAGCUACAGAGGACAAGCAGGAGCGAACAACAGCCGGGAGUCAGGUCCCUCCAAAAGAUGAAAAAGAAGAUCAGCAAACAUGUGAGGUGUAUCGGGAACCAAAGACUACUGAUUCACUCUGUGAUGGGACAGAGGAGAGCCAUGACAUGAGGCCAGCAGUGAAACAUGAGCCAGCAGAUGAACUUGCAGUCCAGGAAACAACAGACAACACUGCAACAGCAGCCACUAAUCUUAACUUUGAGGCGGGAGAGCAAGAUGACCCAGUAUGGCCUCCUGCUGCUUGUAGCAUGUUUGAGGAAAGCUCUGUUGCAGCUCAGCAGCGCAUACAGAUUUUCCCUUCUCACGCUGAGCAAUUGUCUGCUCACAGAAAUGCAGAAAGCUCCUUUAACUCUUCAUCAGCUGCACCAGAGGAAAUCGCAGAAGAUUCCUUAAGUGUGCCGAUAAAAGUAGAGGUAGAGAUUCCUCCUAUGUGCAUGGGAGGUACCGCUUCAGAGCCUGUUCAUAAUGAACCAUUUCAACAUGUUUCACGCCCUGCAGUCAGUCAGGACCCCCGGUUGCAACUGUCUGCUUCGCAGCGGGCCGGGCCGUCACGAGCCCUGCCUCAUGUCCCGAAGUCCACAGAAGACACAGAGGAUUACAUCUACAGUAGAAACAACCUGCGGGCAAAAAGAGUAAUGAAUCUGUGGAGGACAAAUCAGAAACUCUUCAUCUGCUCUGUGUGCAACAAGGGUUUUCCGCGCUUGUCUCAGCUGGAGGAGCACAAGGCCACCCACCAACCCUUCAAACCUUUUAGGUGCCUUGAAUGCGGCAAGUCUUUCACCCAGAAGACCCGGCUGAAGACGCACCAAAGUGUGCACACGGGAGAGAGGCCGUUCAGUUGUAAAAUCUGCGGCAAAAUGUUUUCGAGGCAGGACAACUGCCUGAGACACGAACGGUUCCACAGCGGCCUGAAGCCGUACAGCUGUGGGCAGUGUGGUAAAAGCUUCACAGUGCUAGGUAACCUCAAAAUACACCAAGAGAUUCACCUGCAAGGAAGAUACGUCGCUCUGCGGGCUCAGAUCGCCUCCAUCAUCGAUGCCCUGUCCAAAGCGGCCGUGGCAGAAAUCUCCAAAGUUGUGGAGGACGGCAUGGUGGUGCUGCGGCUGGAAAUGUGUCAGCGGGAGAAUGAGAUCAAGAAGCUGAAAAGCAGCGUGGAGGUUCUCCACAGCGAGCUGAGAGCGGCGCAGGACAGGGUGACCCUGCGACCCGACACCUAUGUGAGAGAUGGUAGUCAGAGUGCCACCGCUGACGAGAGGACCUCGCUUGAAAAUGUGUGCGCUGACCAGGACCACAACAGCCUGUCCAUGCCGGAGGUCCAGGUUAAACCUGAACCCAUGGAACAGGGAGGUGUGGAGGCCAGAGGGCAAGCUGAUCAGCUGGGAGAGGAGCUGGGACUGUACGAGGGGAACAGUGGGCAGUGGAGAUCGACGACACAAAACGAGACAGGACGCAACAACUCCGAUUAUUUAAAUUUAGGGCAGAACUCCCUGUCGUGUCUCCCUGAAUCCUCCCUGAACUCUGGACUGGCUGUGCCCUGCAGCAGCUCCGGCGGGUUUCAGCAGAGCCCGUUCGGCCGCGGGCUGCUGGGUCACAGUCAGUACCGUAACUUGUACAACAUUGUGCGGAGGAGGAAGAGGUUGAUGUUUAAGAAAGGCUUCGUCUGUCCGUACUGUGGCAAAUGUUUUGAGCGCGCCGGGCACCUCGAGAGACACAAAAGGAUUCAUACCGGCGAGAAACCGUAUCGUUGCGAGAUUUGUGGGAGACGUUUCAAUCAGACGUGCAGCCUCAAGGAGCACAUGAAGAUUCAUCGGAGAUGUAUUCAGCCCAGACCAGUUGAGGUCCAAGUAGGCGAACAGAAGCAAAUUCCCGAGGUGAAUCCGCGCACCGACACACAUCGCCCCGAGGAAGAGAGCCAGAUCAAAGCUGAGGAUGGCCUACCCAAGAACGAGGACAUGCUCCCAACACCUGUACAGGUCAAAUCUGAGCCGGUCGAGGAGAACGUAACACAGCCGCUGUUUCAUGGAGGAAGUGAGCAGACAAAGGAAGGAGGAGACACCCUCGGUGAAAACUUUACAGCGUUUGAGAGGGACGGCCAGCAGUGGAUCUCCAGAUUACAAGGACAGAACAGCACAGAGAUGAGCAGUAUAGAAUAUCUCGGCGGCUCGGCGCAGAAUAUGACAUCCUUCCCCGGGAUGGCUCAGUUACUCCCGUCACCAGUCGAAGCUUCUUGUAGCGCCUUCCCCUUCCCGGGGAAAGCGUACGGGGAGAUAAAAAACAGCAUGAUCUCCCAAGCACCCUGCGGGUCGUUAGACACGCUGCUGAUGUCAAGUGAAGCAGGCUUACGUGGCAUGGCGGCGGACGCCUCGCUCAAUCACCACCGGCAGAGGAGAAGCAGGUCUUUUCAGGUGAUCAAACCGAAGAAGUGCUUCGUCUGCUCGUACUGUGGCAAGGUCUUCGAGCGCGCCGGCCAUCUGGAAAGACAUUUGCGAAUUCAUACCGGGGAGAAGCCGUACGGGUGCCAUAUCUGCGGGAGGUGCUUCAAUCAGAAAAGCAGCCUCAAGGGCCACAUGAAGACGCACAGAAAUGGGGAGAGCACAGAUGUGCUGGAGGCACAUCGCCUGAUGAUCACGAUGCCAGAUAAUCCACCGCUGGAGAACCUGGCAGAGCCCAGGACCGGACCAGCAGCUUUUGAGGAGCAGUUGCCGGGCAGCGAGGCGGCGGGUGAGCAAACAGUAAUGGUGAAGGUGGAGCCAAAUGGAGAGGAUUUUCACACUCUAAGUCAGGCAGGGCCCGACAGCGGCACCGGAGCACCAGACCAAAGUCAGCUGUGGACAUCAGGGAUAGAAAAGAGUAGUGACCCCACGGAGCAAACUGUCUGCGUACUUUUACAUGAUGUCAAGUAUCACCUCAGUCCUGCAGCUGGAACGGCCAAUCAGCAGCAGGGAUACACAUCUCCAGUCAAGGAUCUGCCUUUUCUAGAGGAUAAAGAGAAGGAAGAGAUGAUGCACAGUGAUCAGUUUUCAGUGAUGGGAAUACAAUCAAGAAGCUCUGAUAUGACUCUCACAUCUGAGCUACGAGACCAACAUAUUAUACACGAGGUGACUGUGAACGAUUACAGCGCAGUGAGUGACCCGACUCACGAGGGAACUGCGUUUGAAUUCAACAUGACCUCCUCGAGCAACCGUGAGGACAACUGCGACAGAACCCGACAAAAUUGCUUCAUAUGCUCGAGUUGUGGGCAAAGCUUCGGUAAUUUCACUUUAUUCGAGCGGCACCAGUGUAAGAGUAUUACCGAGCCGUCCUUCAGCUGUGAGAUAUGUGUUCCCUUCCAAACGCAGUUAUCCUCAAUAAUGGAGGUCCUGGUGAAGGCAGCAGUGGCAGAGAUAUCCAAACUAGUCGAUGACAAAUGUGCGUUUUUGCAUCUUGAAAUAUCCCGAAAGCAAAGCGAGAUUGAGAUGCUGAAAAGGAAAUUGUUAAUGAUGGAGAACAAAAAUGCGCAGCUGCAGAGCGGGUUUGAAAACUACAUGGACCGAGGAACUGAUGUGGGGAGUAAUUGUCCUCAUCCCACUGGAGAUAUAAAGUUUCCAGAGAUUGAAGAUGCCACAGUUUCCUUCACAAUAAAAGAAGAGAGUCCAGAUGAACCACUGUGGAUCAGUGAUGCUACUGGACCGAUUGGUCCUGCUGUACAGUACCCCAAUCCAGGUAAUGCUCCAGAAAGCCAGCAGCUUGAGGAGGACCAUCAGUUAAACCAUUCAGAUGUCGCCAGGCUGAAGACAUCGGACUUUGGUGACUUGUAUAACUCUGGUCAACACACAGGAGACAUCAGCGGCCUUCAUUUCACUGUCAAGACGGAGAAGGAGGAGGACCGAUCAGGACUCGGUCAGGACGGAUGCCAGCACAGCGCGGGGAAGCAGACUCAGCUUGCUGCUGACUUUUCCAUGGAUGAAAGAGAGAAUCAACUCUGGUCAUCCAUAAUUGAAGGUAACGACAUUGACGCCGGGUUUCCCGACUUUUCUAGCGUGGUAGAGGAGUACUCCAACACAUUCCCGGACCAUUCGGAUACGCACGUGGUUUCUAACACGAGCAAGUCGACUAGUGUCCAGCAGCCGUCCUCUCAGAGGCCGUGUAAUGGGAUCUACAACAGUGAGUAUCAGAAGGAUGUUCCUCAGUCGUCCAAUUUUCAGAGCAGACCUCAGGGUGCUCUCUCACAGCAGGACAGGCAGAAGGAACAAAUGUACUCGCAGAGGAACGCGUCUCAUUUUGGACAACACAGGCAGCCAGACGAACACCCCGAGAGGGAGGCCGCGGCAGGAGACAGAGCGGUCGUAACUCACUCGCACAACACUUUCACACCGAGCAGCUACCACACUCACGCCCCCCACAGACCUUUUUCUGGCGCGGCGCGAGGCUACGUCUGCUCGCAGUGCGGAAAAGCGUUCGGCCGCCUGCACCAGUUCAAGCUGCACCAGCAGAGCCACAAGAGAAAGCGAGCGUUCUGGUGCACGGUGUGCGGGAAGAGCUUCCAGUGUUCGUCCCACCUCAGCAUACACCACCGGACGCACACGGGCGAGAAGCCGUACGGUUGCGGGCAGUGCGGGAAGAGGUUCACGCAGCAGAGCAGCCUGAGGGUCCACCAGCGCACUCACAGCGGGGAGCGGCCCUACAGCUGCUCGCAGUGCGGGAAAACCUUCAUCCUGAUGCACCAUCUGAAACGGCACAGGAUUAUUCACACAUACAGCUGAGGUGCAGGUGUGUGUGUGUGUGUGUGUGUGUGUGAGGCUCAGGUGAAAGGACACACAUGACCCUUAAAACAAAAUCAAAAAAACCAAUGAACAGCAGCUCUUUGGGUUGGGAUUUGUAACCUUGUGGACUUGCUCACAGACUUUCUACAUGAAUGCAUAUUUUACUAUGCAAAAUCCAUCUGGAUGGAUUUAAAGACGUUCGCUUCUUUUUUUUUUAAAAAUACUUUUAUAAUUAUGAACAUGUGAAAUUGAAUCGCGCCCUCAAACAGAGUUCACACACGUCCGUAUUUUUAACUUCCAAAGCUAGAUAUCCAAAAAAAAAACAAGGUCUAAAAUGUAGAGCCAUUAAAAAAAAAAAAAAAUUUCCUGCAGAUAUCCUCUUACAGUUGUAUACAUGCUGUUUUUCACUCAUAGACACAGUUUGUUUUAGCGUCUCCUGUAGAAACGAGCCUUAUUUCAUCUCAGUACUGAAACUGUAGAAGCACAAGAUGCUCAUUAUUCCCAUUAAGUUUCCCCUUCACAGUCACGUGUGGGUUUUUUCCGUUCAGUGGCGUUGAAGCAGCUCUCAGGUUCAUGUUUUGAUGUCAACACUGAUGAAAAAAACAAACAAACAAAAAAAAAACCUGCCUGAAUAUUGUUUUCAAGUUUAAUUUUCCAUGAAAGUUCACCCGCAAAAUCAGUCGCUCUUUGUUCUGAUUCAU